CAGGCCGCGAGGAGGCUGUCCAGAGCCAGAGAGCAAGGAGUGCGGCGUCUCCCGCCUCAGCUGGGAAGGGGGAGUGGCGCUAGCAGGCUGGAGCUGGGAACCAAGCGAGCGCCUGACCUUCCUCCUCCUCUUCCUCACCCUCUUCGGGAGACUUGGGAUCUGGGCGAAGGUUUUAGCUGCUGCAGGAGACCCCCAGACACCUUUUUCUAGAAGGCUGGGGAUGGAGCUCCUGCUCCUGCGUCCACCCGGGCACUUGGAGCGCACGGGCGGCGCGUAAGCCGGGCAUUGCUCUCCACCUCCCUCGGCAAACCCCGGGUCGGCCCCGCCUGAUAGCUUUGCCCAAGCCCCUUUCCCUUUCCAGCCCAAAGCCGCCGGCGUUCCGGGAGGGAGAAGAAGGUGGCCCUCAGGCACAGCCCCGCCGAAAUGUCGGCGCAGAGUCUGCUCCACAGCGUCUUCUCUUGCUCCUCGCCCGCCUCAGGAGGCUCGGCCUCGGCCAAGGGCUUCUCCAAGAGGAAGCUGCGCCAGACCCGCAGCCUGGACCCGGCCCUGAUCGGCGGCUGUGGGGGCGAGGCAGGCGCAGAGGGCGGCGCUCGAGGAGCCACGACGGGCCGCUUCUACUCCCCAGUGCCGUUAGCCGAGGGUCUCGGCUUCCGCUCUGCGUCCUCGCCCCGGGGCCCGAUACCCCGGGCCGCCCGGUCCCCUCCGCCCAGACCCCUUUGCUCGUCCUUCUCUACACCCAGUACCCCGCAGGAAAAGUCACCAUCUGGUAGCUUCCACUUUGACUAUGAGGUCCCCCUGGGUCGUGGCGGCCUCAAGAAGAGCAUGACCUGGGACCUGCCGUCUGUCCUAGUCGGACCGGGCAGUGGCCGCGGUGCGGCGAGCAUCCUUUGCUCCUCCGGGGGAGGCCCCAAUGGCAUCUUCACUUCUCCCAGGAGGUGGCUCCAGCAGAGGAAGUUCCAGUCCCCACCCAGCAGCCGCGGCCAACCAUAUGUGGUGUGGAAGUCUGAGGGUGAUUUCACCUGGAACAGCAUGUCGGGCCGCAGUGUGCGACUGAGGUCAGUUCCCAUCCAGAGUCUCUCGGAGCUGGAAAGGGCUCGACUUCAGGAAGUGGCUUUUUAUCAGUUGCAGCAGGACUGUGACCUGAGCUGCCAGAUCACCAUUCCCAAAGAUGGACAAAAGAGAAAGAAAUCUUUGAGAAAGAAACUGGAUUCACUAGGAAAGGAGAAAAACAAAGACAGAGAAUUUAUCCCACAGGCAUUUGGAAUGCCCUUAUCCCAAGUCAUUGCAAAUGACAGGGCCUAUAAACUCAAACAGGACUUGCAGAGGGAUGAGCAGAAGGAUGCAUCCGAUUUUGUGGCUUCUCUCCUCCCAUUUGGAAAUAAAAGACAAAACAAAGAACUCUCAAGCAGUAACUCAUCUCUCAGCUCAACCUCAGAAACACCAAACGAGUCAACAUCCCCGAACACCCCAGAACCGGCUCCUCGGGCCAGGAGGAGGGGUGCCAUGUCCGUGGAUUCUAUUACCGAUCUUGAUGACAAUCAGUCUCGACUGCUCGAAGCUUUACAACUUUCCUUGCCUGCUGAGGCUCAGAGUAAGAAAGAAAAAGCCAGAGAUAAGAAACUCAGUCUGAAUCCUAUUUACAGACAAGUCCCCAGGUUGGUGGACAGCUGCUGUCAGCAUCUAGAAAAACAUGGCCUCCAGACGGUGGGGAUAUUCCGAGUUGGAAGCUCAAAAAAGAGAGUGAGACAAUUACGUGAGGAAUUUGACCGUGGGAUUGAUAUCUCUCUGGAGGAGGAGCACAGUGUUCAUGAUGUGGCAGCCUUGCUGAAGGAGUUCCUGAGGGACAUGCCAGAUCCCCUUCUCACCAGGGAACUGUAUACAGCUUUCAUCAACACUCUCUUGUUGGAGCCAGAGGAACAGCUGGGCACCUUGCAGCUCCUCAUCUACCUUCUACCUCCCUGCAACUGCGACACCCUCCACCGCCUCCUACAGUUCCUCUCUAUCGUGGCCAGGCAUGCCGAUGACAACGUCAGCAAAGAUGGGCAAGAGGUCACUGGGAAUAAAAUGACAUCUCUAAACUUGGCCACCAUAUUCGGACCCAACCUUCUGCACAAGCAGAAGUCAUCAGACAAAGAAUUCUCCGUGCAGAGUUCGGCCCGGGCUGAGGAGAGCACAGCCAUCAUAGCUGUGGUGCAGAAGAUGAUUGAAAAUUAUGAAGCCUUGUUCAUGGUUCCCCCGGAUCUCCAGAACGAAGUGCUCAUCAGCCUCUUGGAGACCGACCCUGAUGUUGUGGACUAUUUACUCAGAAGAAAGGCUUCCCAAUCAUCAAGCCCUGACAUGCUGCAGUCGGAAGUUUCUUUUUCCGUGGGAGGGAGGCACUCAUCCACAGAUUCCAACAAGGCCUCCAGCGGAGACAUCUCCCCUUAUGACAACAACUCCCCAGUGCUUUCUGAGCGCUCCCUGCUGGCUAUGCAAGAGGACGUGGCGCCGGGGGGCUCAGAGAAACUUUACAAAGUGCCAGGGCAGUAUAUGCUAGUGGGCCACUUGCCGUCAUCAAAGUCAAGGGAAAGUUCUCCUGGACCAAGGCGUGGGAAAGAUAUGUCAGAGGAGCCUUUCAAUAUCUGGGGAACUUGGCAUUCAACAUUAAAAAGUGGAUCCAAAGACCCAGCAAUGACAGGUUCCUAUGGAGACAUUUUUGAAAGCAGCUCCCUACGACCGGGGCCCUGCUCCCUUUCUCAAGGGAACCUAUCCCCAAAUUGGCCUCGGUGGCAGGGGAGCCCCGCAGAGCUGGACAGAGGCACUCAGGUCGCAGGGAGGACUCACCCCGUGGCUCCUCCAGCCCUCGGUUCGCGCUCCUGUAGCACGUCCCCACUGCGGGGCCCUGGAGGGGGCGCCGAGCCACACUUGACCCUGAGCAGCGCCCAAGACCCCACGGAGAGCGAGCCGGACGCCCCCUGGCCGCAGGGCCGGGCCCCUCCUCCGUGCCAGAGACCCCGGGGCGGCGGCAGUGGGAAGGGCGACAAGAGGCCCCCUCCUCCCUACCCCGGCCCGGGGAAGCCCGCCGCCGCCGCCACGUCGCCCCGGCAGCCCCGAGCAGGCGCAGGCCGGGCCGAGGACCCGGGGAGCCAGACGGCCGAGCGGGGGCCGCGGAAAAAACUGGGCAGCGCCCACUCCCCGGCCUCCGGCGAGCAGGACGGGCGGAAGCUGGGGGAGGCCGGCUGGUUGGACUGGCAGAGAGAGCGCUGGCAGAUCUGGGAGCUGCUGUCCGCCGACAACCCUGACGCCCUGCCCGAAACGCUGGUCUGAGCCCCCAUCGCGCCCUCUUUGCACGUGCCAGAAGCAACACCGAGAUACUCGGUUCACUAGCAGACUAGAGCGCUCACCCCCUCGCCACUGGGAUCGGGUUCUUUUGCGUAGCCAGCCUUGGGAAACACCAAAACACCCCCCCAAACGGAUGGCCUUGUCCAAUCCAAAAACCACCUUCUUGGCUCUGUGUAAGAUCAAACCCUUCCUUUGGUAUAGCUUACUUGUAUUUAUGUGUCUCUGUUUUGACUAUUGUAUAUUCUGUAACAGAUCAUGUAUGAUAAUCAUUUAGGAUAUAUUCACAGAAAGAAAACAAAAGGAACAAUUAAAAAAAAAACACUUCACUAUUUUAAGCAAUGAAAACUACUAAGCAGUGAGAUUCUAUAGAAUGUUGUAGAACAUGCACAAGCGGGCUUCUGUGCUUUUGUCAUAGCUUGUUACCUGGGGAUAGCCCUUCCUUCAAUGCCUAAGGAAAACACUAACAAGACUAAAAACAGAACAUGAGAAGCCAUAGUUUUAUAUAAGUAGCGAGAUACAAAAAAAAUAUAUAGUCACUGAAUGCUUUUUCAUAUGGAAUAAAAGUUGAGGGAGAUACUAGAUUUGAUACAUGAUGAAAUAUAUUUUUAGAACCUGUUUAAAAAGGAUUCAGUUAAUCAAACAAGAAAAAGGCCGUGCCUGACAAAGAUAAUUAAGAAGCUGUCUGUCCCAUUUUAGGUCAAAUUCAAUUUUAUAUACACCACAUAUAAUAUGUAUUUAUAAUGUAUAAUUUUUAUGUAUUUUUCAAAACUGCAAACUGGAAUCCAAACUAUAAUGUGUUAAAGAAUCUAUAGAAGAAUAUGAUAUUUUUCCCUUUGCCCCAUAACCAGUAUUAGCCAAAUUACAUGCAGUUCUUUAUAAAUUCAGUCAUAUUUGGAAAAAAACUACAGCUUUGUACUUACAUCGUGCCAAAGGCUGAGGAAAUGGUCUUUUUGGUAAUUUUGUGUGUGUGUUGUAAAAUGUUCCUUCUGUACUUUUGAAGUUUUUCAGCUGCGAAAUCAUUUUUGACCAGCAGGUGGCGAUUUGAUUCAGUAUUUUAUGAGGUUUUUUCACUUUAGAAGGGAAAGUCUGCUAUAAAAGAAAACUUUUUUUUAUAAAACAUACUACUCUUAAUUUUCAUGUUGGUGAUGAAGUUUCCAGUGGUGUUUAUUAAAGUUCUAUCUUGUGCCAUGAUGAAUAAAAAGUUAAGCAAA